AUGCAGACGAGAGCACGGCUGAACGGCCACGGAGGGAAAUAUGCGAAAUCUGUAGCUGCCAAACGACAGAAAAAAUCUGGAAACGCUGUUCGGCCGAAGAGAGCACUUCUGUGUCUCUCUCUCGGCAAUCCAAUUCGAAGUGCUGCCAUAAAUCUCGUGGAAUGGAAAUAUCCUUUUAAAUAGCAGUGGUUAACCUUUUAGAGAAUAUUUCUCGCGCGAAUUUGGGUUUUGCGGUAGGGGUGUUUGGCUUCUCGUGGUCGUGCAGUUAUUAUCCUGUAGAUUUUCUGUUGCCUAGUUUAAGGUGUUAUUGGAACGAACUUCAAACGUAUUCCUUGACUCUUGACUUAAGCCUUUCGAUGUAAUGAUUCUGAUCACAAUUUUCGCAAAUUGUGCCGCUCUCGCCGCGUAUGAGCCUCUUCCAGAGAAGGAUAGCAGUGAAAUCAACGACAACCUGGUAAGUCUUUUUGAUUACUUGUAAACGCGGUGUGCGGGUUUUCUAUAAUUUUCUGACAUGGAUGAAUAUUCAUGCUGUGAAAUGUGGUUGCGGCUUUUAUACAUCGUUGAAAAUAUCAUCUGUUUUUGGAAGAGCUUAGAGCAUGCGAUCUUAGAGAUCAAAGCACCAGUUAAAAAAAUUAUAAUUUUUGCACAAAUGUAAACGAGCGAAGUGCCACGCGAAAAAUAAAAAUAUUCAUGCGAUUUAUUGCUCUGUAUACGCUUUACCUUGUUUUAGUUUCAAAUGAAUUUGUUAUUGGCUCAACAACCUGCUAAAAGCCUAAAUCUUUGGCAAAACGAGACUUUACGCGGUCCGAAUUUUGUGUUUAUACCAUUGACAGUAUUUACAUGUAUGGGCUUCGGUCAGCGAUAACAUUCUAGAACAGAUGAUCGGUGAUCGAGGUGUCAGUAAUUGUCUUUAGUAAAGUUUGUAUUUCGAGCACCAGAUACCUUUGUUUAGGUACAGAGAAAUUAGAUACAACUGCAGGCGUCGAGCGUAAAUAGUGUGUGCAUUUUUGCUAAGGUGAAUAUUUACUGUUUUGGAAGAAAAAAAAACCCAGACAACUCGCGUCGUCAGAUGCGAUUCUGCUAUCACGAACGUACAGUAUGUAAGCUAACCUGAAAAAUAGAAUCGCGGUUUUAUAAUUUUUAUGAAGGUUAAUUCAUUCGAUACAAAGGUAGAAGUUGAUCGUGUUUCUCGCCAAUUAAAGUUUAAUGCUAGUCAAAGCAAUUCGUUCGUGUAAUCCGCCGAAAUCGCCGUUGUCAAUUUCACAGUCGUAAAAUUGCGAAAAAUGGAUGACUCAAAUGUAAACAGAACCCACCAUGCUCCAGUGGGCUUCAGUUUUCCAGCUUUCAGUUACAUCGACUUGACCUUUGCGAAUAAGUACUUGUUUAUUCAUUGAAAAUCAAAUCGCUUCGGGUUUGCGUCUGUUCUAUUUGCAUCUCUUUAUAGCGUUUGAUCGGAUCGGAAGAAUUUUAGUUCUUAAAAAUCGACUUCUUUCGAAAAUAACUUUUUAUUUGUUAUUUCAAAAACUGGUUGAUUGCACCGAUGAAAAGAUACAAAUCAGUGAAUUUGAGUGAGUUUAAUUUCAGAGUACAUUCUUAUUGCUUGUGACAUGCACAAAAUACCAAACGUCUGUUAUAUAAUCGCCAUUUAUCUCGGUAUAUAUAUUGAAUUAGCGAAGGAAAAGUUCUGAUUGCUCAACGUGAAAACUUUUUAAUGAGGCAGUUGACAUUUUUAGAACCCUGAGUUAUUUAAUGGUUGAAUGGUGAAUAUCGUUGUUGAUUCUUGCCAGUUAGCCGUCAGAUUUAUUCAUGUUCUCAGAGUUUUACAUAUGUGUAGUCUGUGCAUUUUGACGCCGAUAUAUUCCGGUUCUUUUGUCCUAAGGUAAACACUCAGGUUUAAAUAAUUUCAGAAAAGAGGUGAAAAUAAUGAAAUGUCGGAUUUAGUGCAAAAAAUAAAAUGCUUAUUCAUAACUUUUUGAUCUUGGUUUCCUUUUCCAAAACGGUAAUUGGCAAAAAACAUUUUUUCAAGGAAAUAUUGAAAAUCCAGAACUGAGAUUUACAGGUGACACAGUCAAAAUCAAAUUAAAAAUAAAAACCUCAGUGAAGAUAUACAUUGUAUGUUUCAAAGUAAUUAAAAAUAAAAUAGCUGGCUUAGAUUUAUAUAGAAUUAAGAUGUAUUUUGAUCUUUUAUGCACAGAGAUUUCAUAUUUUACAAUGUUAAUCGAUGUUGCAGCAAGCAGUCUGUUGGAAAUUGAUUCUCUUCAGUGAAUGAAAACUGUUUCAGAUCUUACUUUUGCCAUAUAAGUUGUCCUGAUGAUUAUGUGGUCUACCCAGCUAAGAUCUUUUGUAUCUCUCUGCAUAUGUAAUUAGCUCUAAAUAUAGCUCUUCAAAGCAGAAGCGUGUAGUGUGCUUUAGAUAAAGUUUAUUUUUCUGCUAGAGAGCUUCUUCAGUCUCCUUGAAAGGCUAAUUGUGUUACCAAGCUUCAAUGUGAUGGCUGCUGCAAAAUAAAAAUUUUUUUUCCACAGCUUUGCUUUAAUUUUGAAUCAAUUCUAUACAAAGUUUUUUUACAAAUAAAUUAUAUGUUGUGUAUGUUCCUAUGACUUUGGUGAGGAGCUCAAAAAUACUCUCCUAGUCGAGGUGACUGCCUCUUGUUUGAUACCAGUAGUUUGAUUGGUUGAAAAGUUGUCUACAUAAUUUUCACAAGACUGUCACUCCAAUUAGUUAAAAAAUAUUUCAGAAUAAUUAUGUAGCCCUUUGUUCUGACUUGAGAAUAUUCUUGACAUGUGCUGGCUAAUGUGGAAUUUUGGACUUCUUUUUUUCUCGAUUUGUAUUUCAGUUUUGUGAGCCCAAUUAAAUGUGGUGAAAUUCAUUCAAUUUGAACAGAAUGGUAUAUAAUCUAAAAUGAUUGGGACUCACAAUGUGUAAACUUUACUAUUUAUGUCAGAAGAGGAAGAACCUUGAUUUGUUUUUAAAUUAACGUAGUUCAAAAUUUGCAAAGAAUUUUUAAAAUGUUCUUCUCACAUCAACCCAGGUCCCAACAGUAUCACCCCUUAAAUCAAACAUUACGGUCAUGAGAAUAAAGGAAAAAAUAGCAAGGUCAAGAAUCUCUUGAUUAUUAAGCAAAUUCUCCCUGUAAGUACCAUGGGCAACAUAUAGAAAACAGAAUAGAGAACUUGCAGGCUUAUAUAAAGAGGGGGGAUUGGGGUCUAUAUUGGGAGGGGGGCAUUGGGGUCUAUAUUUGGAGGGGGGGAUUGGGGUCUAUAUUGGGAUGGAGCCAUUGGGGUCUAUUAAAAACGGUAAAACUGUGGAAAAAAUCAUCCAAAACCUUUAAACUGCAAAAUAAUUCAAUCGAAAUUGAAGACUGCAUGCAAAACUGUCAAAACCAAUAAAUUUCCUCAUCCUAGUUAUCAAAACUGUAAUUGAUCUAAUUCAGUGGUGGAUCAUACAGAGAUCAGUGGAAGUGCAUAAUUGCUGCUCAGAUUGAAGAGGAACAGGAUCCCAAAUAGGAAAAAAAUUAAAAUCACAUCAGAUACCAAAUCCAAAAAGCUAUUAGUAUUGUCAAUGGAAACUGUAAACCAAAUUCCAAAAAAUGGAAAAUCUGCAGACCAAAAUAAACGCCAAAACCGAAAAACAGAAGGUUUUUAGGCAGAAAUAUUCAAUAAACUGAUCUUAAUAAAAUAAAACUGAACAUGCCAAAGGUCAGAGUAUAAAGGUUAACCCUUUAACUCCCAAGAUCUCAUUAGUAAUUCUCCUUGCAGUCUGCCGUAUAGUUCUUGUGAUGUUUGUUUGGAGAAUUUUGUAUUCGAUCAACUAAUAACCCCCUAAUCAAUAUUUUUCUUUAUUCUCAUCACUUGUUUGCUUGAUAUUGUAUUGAUGUUGUAAGGAGAAAUUCUGUCUUGGUCACUCAUGGGAGUUAAAAGGUUAAGGAAGCUUGACUAACCAGAUGUCUAAUAUUUGUUUACAGGAAGUUGCAGAGUAUGUGUUUUUGGCAGUUUUCACAAUGGAAGCUGUGCUAAAGAUAAUAGCUUAUGGAUUUCUUUUCCACCCUGGAGCAUAUCUUCGUAAUGGAUGGAAUAUUUUAGAUUUUGUAAUUGUUGUAGUAGGGUAAGUAUGAUGCAAUUAUCUUUUAUCCCCUUAAAAGUGAUAAGCAUGUAAUUUCUCACAACAUGAAGGUCACAAGAAUUAUGGAAAUGGUUGUGAGGUCAAGAAGGGCUUGAUUAUUAAUUAUUAAUUGAUUAUUAUACUAUAGGAAAUGUAUACAGAAUGAUAUGGAGAAUUUGCAAACUGAUGAUUGGGUGUAAAGGGUUUUGUUUUGUGAGUGUAUGCUUUCUUUCUAGAGAGUAACGAGUGACACGAAUUGAUAAUAAUAUUUUUUACAUUUUGAAAGUGGCAUAAAAAGAAAGAGGCAUAGCAAGGAUUUUUUUUUGGGGGGGGGGGGUUGGUUAUUGAUUUCUGAACACCUUAGUUACGUAAAGUAGUUUUUACCACUGAUAUUCCUUUAGUAUUAGUAGGGUUGUUUUUGCAUGAUGCUAAGGUAUAGAAAAUGGAGUAUUUAGCAUUGAAGAAAGUUUUUUUUGCCAUACAGAUUUGUCAGAUUCACUUCUUCACGAGCACAAAUUCAUGUUGUUUAAAGAAGGUUUCACUUUUACCUUAACAGUACAUUUUUUUGAAAAUUUCUCUCCUCAGAAUAGCAACUAUUUUAGUAAAAGCAUUUCUGAGUUCAGGAAGUUUUGAUGUGAAAGCUUUGAGGGCCUUCAGAGUCCUGCGACCCCUUCGACUGGUGUCUGGUGUUCCAAGUAAGUAUUAACCCUUUCACUCCCAUGAGUGACCAAGACAGAAUUUCUCCUUACAAUAUCAAAACAAUAUCAAGCAGACAAGUGAUGAGAAUAAAGAAAAAUAUCAAUUAGUGGAUUAUAAGUUGAUCCAAUAUCAAAUUCUCCAAACUUACAUUACAAGAACUGUAAGGAGAAUUACUAAUGAGAUCUUCUGAGUUAAGUAUGCUUCAUUACAAUAAUAUGAUAAGCUAAAUAAUAUAACGUGCAUUUAAUUAGCUCUUGCCUAUGAUCUAUUGGAGGACAGAUGCAUAGCUGAAGUGACCAAAAACAAAAUUGUAUUUUUUAAGCUUGUAAAACAAACAGAUGCUGAUCAAAUUCAGGUUAAGAUUCCUCUACCAGAAAGAUGAACGCUCUAAAAAAUUUGCCUUUCUCCCAAUGUGUAGCUUCUUAGGUUAACCCUUUAAACCCUAAGAGUGAUUAGCAUCUAAAUUCUCCUUACAACAUAACCCCUGAAUCACACACUAAGGUCAUGAGAAUAAAGGAAAUGAUCACCAAUGAAAGAAGCUUUUGAUUUGUAAAUAAAUUCUCCCUGCCAGCUCUUUAGGAAAUAUAUGAAGAGCUGUAUGGAGAAUAUUCAUACUGAUUUUGGAUUGAAUCUUUUUGAAGGCUGGAUUUUUUCAGGCUUCCUUUAUGCAUUGGCUUGAAUUGUCUUAAUCACAGAAUACCUGCAAGGAUCGUUGCUUUACUUAACUCUUUAACUCCCAAGAUCUUAUUAGUAAUUCUCCAUACUAUCUGCCAAACAAUUGUCAUUAUGUUAGUUUGGAGAAUUUGGUAUAACAUCAAUUAGUAAUCCCAUAAUUGAUAUUUUUCUUUUUUCUCAUCACUUGUCUGCAUGAUAUUGUAUAGAUAUAGUAGGGAGAAAUUCUAUGUUGGUCACUCAGGGGAGUUAAAAGGUUAAAUAAUUCUUGCUGUAAGAAUUUUUAAAUUAUUUAAUAGAUUUAAGUUGCUUCUUGGCCUCUGGGUAUAAUUUUUUAAUCAGUUUUUUGAUUUUGAUAUUUUUUUGUUGCAGGCUUACAAGUUGUAUUAAAUUCUAUUAUCAAGGCACUGAUACCACUCUUCCACAUUGCCUUGCUGGUAGUUUUUGUUGUGAUAAUUUAUGCAAUUAUUGGUGUGGAAUUGUUUAUGGGUCGGCUUCACAAGACAUGCUAUAACAAUGUAACAGGUAAUUUUUCUCUAAAAUACAUUUAUUUUAAAGCAGGUUUCAGUGUAGUGUGACAAAAAUAAUCCAGGAUUGCUUGGGUUUUGCUUUACUUUGCUCUGUGAUUGGUCUAGAAAAGUUGUGCCAUUGACUCUCUCAACCAAUCAGAUGCAAACCUUAUGUUAAUCACGACUUGGUCAUGCACAUUUUGCUGUGCUUUAUUUCAAAUGUUUAUUGGUUAUAGUAACCCAGAAUGCAAUACAGUAAAGUAUAGUUGGUUUCAGUGGGGUAAUGAAGGACAAGAUGUUUCUCAUUUUUGCCAGGAUGUGAUGCUUUGAUGCAAAUUAUUCCCACAGUUUAAUUAGUUUUCAAUUGAUUUCACUGUUACCAUCUAUAUUGUACACUCCUGGGAAUGUUAGCAUAUUUUUUUUUUUGCCAAACAACACUAGACAGUGGCCUGUUUAGGGAGUUAACCUAGAUCUAUAUGUCCAGCAUUUGACACUCUUAAACAUCAGGCCCCUUCAAAAUGGAAGACCACAUGCUUAUGAAAAAUGCAUGAUAGUAAUCGAGAGGCAAGUAAAUCCUAGAAUCAUCUGCUCUUCCAUUUCUGACACCAGCUGAAGAAUCAUUUGAAGAACCUCACCCCUGUAGUUCUGGAAGUUCAGGAUUUCAGUGCGAUAAGGAUGCAGGUCAGGUGUGUGAGGCAGGCUGGAAAGGACCCAAUCAUGGAAUUACAAAUUUUGAUAAUAUUGGCUUGGCCUGUAUGACUGUGUUCCAGUGUAUUACGCUUGAGGGUUGGACUGAUGUAUUAUACUGGGUGAGUUAUUGGUCUGUUCAUGUAUCAUACCAGUGUCCUAACAGAAUUCAACCCCUCUUUAUUUGGAAUACGUUGUAGUUUAAAAUGACUUUCAGAUAAAAAAAAUUGUGUUGUGGGCUCAGAGGAAAGUUUGAUUCUAACCUGGUAGAAUUCACUUCAGCUUUGAAUCAUUAUCAACUACAACACAGGCAAAUUCAGGUGAUUGAGAAUGUAUACGAUUAAUGAAUCAGGGUCUGAAAUUGCGAAUAGCUGGUCGAUCAUGCGAUUGAAUGAUGAUUGUUGGAGAUCAGCAUUUUAAUGCUCAUCGACAGCACGCGACUGACUUAGAGUCUUGACAGUAAUGUUCAUGCGAGCCAGCGUUCAGGGAACGCAACUUUCAUCAUUUUAUUUCGCUUCGCUGUUAUACACUCAAUGGUGACCGUUUGCCAGUAGGAGUGUAUUUUAAGCAAAAGAACGUCGUAAGAAUUUCAGCCAUCGUAUUUAGUUGAUUGGCGAAAAUUUGUACGUAUUGAAUUUCCUAGCGACGACCAACUUCUUCCAUACAGCGAAUUGAGCAAAAUUGAUUAAUCGCCACUGGGUGUUAGAGCAAAAAUUCAAAAAGUUUAUUUCGGAUCCUGAUAAGUAUGAUUGUGUGUUUUGCAGAUAAAUGAUGCAGUAGGGAACUCUUGGCCGUGGGUAUACUUUGUUACUCUGAUCAUUUGGGGAUCUUUCUUCGUUCUUAACUUAGUUCUUGGUGUACUAAGUGGGUAAGUAACCGUGUUCUUUUCUGUUUUUUUGGUUGUUCUUUCAAAUGGCAAGUAGGCAUAAUCAAACGUAUAUUCUCUUUUAAUGUGCUUGUGACAAAAUUAGUAUGUAGUGUGGGAUUGGUAUCGAAUUUAUGCUCGUCUUUGAAUAAAUAUUUUUUUCAUGUUGAGACGAGAACAGGACAGAGAGAUAAUGUGAAAUGUCUUCUGUAGUGGAUGUGUAGCUUAACCUUCGUACUGUCAAUUACAUGCGGAACCUCUGGCCAUUGAAUUAUUUUUUAAUGACUUCAAACUAAUGACGUUGAAUGUUUUCCGAAUACAGAGAAUUUGCCAAGGAAAAGGCGAGAGCUCAGAAGAGUGGUGAAUUCCAAAAGUUUAGAGAAAAACAACAAGUUGAAGAUGCUUACAAUGGCUACCUCGACUGGAUUACACAGGCUGGUACGUGACACGUUAAAAGAAAAAAGUUUUAUUGGUCAUUUUAAUCUUCGGGAAAAGGACUGACAGUUGCAAAUCAAAUUAGAUUUGUUCAUUAACAAAAUUUGGAAAGAUGUGAAAGUCAACUGAUCCAGAUUUUGAGACUUUUUCGCUGCGUCUCUUUAAAGGGAACUUUUCCACUCAGUUUUCCGGCUAUCAACAAACCACUAUAAGCAAGAUUUUCCAAGGACCAUUGCAUUAUAUUUCACCUUAAUCACUAAGGCAAUUAGUGCAAAUAGUUUUGGCAGCAGAAACAAGUAGUUUUUUUUAUCUGAUGACGUUUAUUUAGGAAAAAUUGCAUCUUGCUGUCUUGUACGUAACCUUAAUCGCAACAAAACUGCGAGAAAAAUAGGAAUCGAUACGGAUUUUGGACUGCAGGUCACUUGGUUAAAAUGACGGAAGUAUAAUGUAGUCAGCAGACACAUGUACACGCCUCGAACCCAGUGAAUUUCUAUAUUGUUUCUUUAAACAGAGGACAUUGAAGGCGACAGUGAAAGUGAAAGUGGUGAUGAGUCAAAAUCUUCCAAGAAGACCUGUAAGUAUUGCAAUGUAUGUGACAGUCGUCAACGUCUAGAUCGCGGUAUCACAUUUCUUUCAGAAAAAUGUAGAGUGAAUCGGUGAUAAUAAAUACCUUAAGGUUAUCUUUUGAUAGGACGUGUUGUUCAUCGGUCUCUUACAGUAAGGAAUGCGACGUGAGGUGGUGAAUCUGAGAAAGUGUGUGGCGGUACCUUGCGUGCUGUUAUGCGUGCUGUUAUGCGUGCUGUUAUGCGUGAUGUGAAAGCGAACGCGAUACGAAAACUUCGUAUUGUGAAAGGACUGUAAAAUACGACUACUUGUUUAUGGUUCAUGAAUUUAGACUUAAUGGUGCAAUUGGACGCUUGUGAUUUGAAGCUUUAUCACCGUAGCAAAAUUUUAGGGUCAGAAUUGACAAAGAAGAAAAUUUCGGCCAGAAAGAGCGGGUUAAAGAAGUGUAUAUGGUUAUAAGUAUUCAGUACGAUUUUAAUAAUUUUUUUCCAAAGCAUCAAGACAAUCCAGAACUGAAGACAUCGAAAUGAUCGAUAGAAGUGAGAGACAAGACAGUAUUUCUCAACAUGAUGCGCACCACCAUGGUUGGUGUCACAACGAGAAGUAAGGAGACUGUAUCAAUAAUAAACCCUCACCUCCCCUUCGCCCUUACUAAGCGGUCAGCCUCGACUGGAUGCACCAGACCCAGUUUCCCCGGCCUGUGUUCAAACUUAUCGAAGGCAGGCUAUUGGAGUGCCUUUCGAUUGAGUAAUGUGUCCUUUCCUUCCCGUCUUACUUUGCAACCCCUCCUCUCUUAUCUCCCAUCGUCUUCAUUUUUCUCUGUUAUCAACUUCUUCUGUGUUGUUUCGUUUUGACAGGAAAGUGUUAAAAAAAUGGCAUCACCGCGCUAGACGGGAGCUGCGUAAAGCAGUAAAAACACAAGCUUUCUACUGGAUCGUCAUAGUUGUUGUAUUUUUAAAUUCAUUGACGCUAGCAUUGGAACAUUAUGAUCAACCUGACUUUUUAACCCAAUUUUUAGGUAAGCUGUUUUAUUUGUGUUUGUUUGUUUUUUAUAUUUGAGUUAUUUGUGUUUUUCGCUUUUUUAUGAAGAGACUAUUCUCUUGAUAAGUUUGGAUAUGAAGAAAGAAUCACUUGAAGGUAGAAGAGCAGACCUCGCUUCUUACCUUGCUGUGCUAUGUGGCUCGAAACAAUGUUCUUUGAGCCCCACCAACCCCUCCCCUGAGGUGACAUACCGCCAAUGCGCAGAUAGCUUUCAUUUAAUGUUGUUACCAAGGGGGAGAGGGCGAGACAACGCGUAAGGCGAGAUAAAAAACUGACUUCCAUCUGUUUUCCUUUCUUUCAGAUAUAGCAAAUAAAUUAUUUUUAGGAAUAUUUACCAUUGAAAUGAUAGUCAAGAUGUACUGUUUAGGAUUUCACGGCUACUUCGCAUCGCUUUUUAACAGAUUCGAUUGCCUGGUAAGUUUUAGGAAUAACAGAUAAUUAGAAUAAAUUAUCAUAAAUAAAUUAUUAAAAAAACUUAUAAAAGACGGAAAUGUUUCGGCAUGACUCAUGCCAUUAUCAGUUUAAUGUGUUGUACCACUGACUGUUUUUUUACGCGUUUCAUGCAAAGACGUUAUCAAUUUAAAUCGAAUCACAAUUUAUAAAUGUUUAUAAGCCAUUUAUAAAAUGUUCAGGCAAAUGCGCGCGCCGUGAUUGGUCAGAACGAGUUCAUUAUAUUUCCAUAAAGCACGCGCCUUACGUCACACAAGUGCACUGUUGAGAUAUAAUGUACGCAGCCUACGUCAUCGGUACUAGCGCGCGCAAUUCACGAUACAUUUUAUAAAAGAAAUUAAAAAACUUUUUCCUCGAGCAUUGCUGAGUUAUAUAAGCACGCGGGAAUUUUUAAGAACACUCGAGAAGUGCAAGAAGCACUCGCCUUCGGCUCGUGCUCUCCGCACUUCUCUCUUGUUCUUAAAAAUUCCCGCGUGCUUAUAGAACUCAACAAUGUACUCGGUGCGUUUUUUGUUUCUUUAAUAAACGUCGUCUGUGGCGUCGUCUGUGAUCUAUUAUUGAAUAGAGGCACACAAACAUAUGAACUAUUUCUUUAAUUAAUGUAGAGUUUGUAUAUCUAUUUUAGGUGACUUUUCUAACUUCUUUUCCCCCAAGGUUGUAAUUAGUAGUUUGUUAGAGUUGGCAAUCACAGAAGCGUUGAAGCAGCCCCCUAUUGGAAUCAGUGUACUUCGAUGUAUUCGUUUACUUAGGAUUUUCAAAGUAACCAGGUAAGGAACCCAACACUCCACACAUAAGAGUGAUGAACAUGCAAAUUCUCCUCACAAUGUCGAUACAUUUUCCAGCAAAUAAGUGAGGAGAAUAGGUUCACAUAUGAAAUGGAGGGUAGAAUCUUUGUAUGGUAGCAAACGUUGUUAAUUAUAAAAUAAUUCAAAUAGUACGCGCGCUUUGAUUGGCCAUAAAACCAUUUUACAUGAGCGUAUGUAAACACGGUUUUCGUUCCUCUUUCAUUAGUGAUUUACAAGAGAAAUGUAAAAUGGUUUUCGUGUUUACAUAGCCUGAUGUAAACACGGAAACCAUUUUACAUUUCUUCACUAUAACUCAAUGAGAUUAUUAACUGGGGGAGAAUUACCAAUGAGAUCUUGAGAGUGACAGAAUUAUGCGCAAUAGUAAGAUAUAGGGUGCAGGGCAUUUUUAGUGGCAGUUUAUCAUCCGUGACAACCCUGUUUUCUGACGAUAAGAAUGCAUAGUAUUUUGCAAUGGAAUUCAUUCCUGUAAAUACGUCAGCAUGGUGCGAUAACAAGAUGGCCCCAGUUGACUAUGUCUUAUCGUUGGCGCUGUUCUUCUGGUGUACACUUAACCCUUUAGAGCCUAAAAGUGACCAGCAUUAAAAUGUUAUCUCUCCUAACAGUAAUACUGCUGAAUCAUUUAUUAAGAUCACGAGAAUUAAGGAAAUGAUCGCCAACCUAUGAAACUUAGAUUGUUAAACCGACUCUUCUUGUCUGUAUCCAAAGAAAUUUGAAGAAAAGAGAAUGGAGAAUCUGUGUACUGAUGUUAGGGUGUAAAGGUUAAGGGGGUAGUCCCGGAAAUCAGCUUGUCGGUCAGACGUGGUUAUUAUGGACUAUCGUUGGAGACGCGGUGGCUUAACGAUUAGCGCGCUGACUCCAGGUCGAGAGGACUGGCUUCGAGACUUGGCCGAGUCAUCUUGUAUUGUAAGGCAUGACGUGCGUGACUCGUUGUUUUUCCUUCUGAUUCAGAUACUGGAGCUCACUUAGCAACUUAGUGGCGUCACUGUUGAAUAGUAUGAGGUCUAUAGCUGGUCUUCUGUUGCUGCUUUCACUAUUUAUGCUCAUUUGCUCACUGCUUGGGAUGCAGAUCUUUGGUGGAAAGUAAGUAAAGAUUUUUUUUAUGUGCAGGUUCUCGCUCAAAUGAUUACGUUUCCAACUCUAGUUUCACUCGUUUCUUUUCGGUACUUCCAGAGUGCGGUUGUACUCACCUCUAAGUUUAUCGGACCUUCUCUCUGUUUAUUUCUCUGUUCGUACAUUCUGUCUGUCUGUCCAUCCGUUCGUACUAACGCAUUUGAGCUAUUACCAACCGCUGCAGAAUAUUUAGUGUAAACGCUUCAGUUUAAAAUUGUGCCUUUUUAUACAUUUUUUUCUUUCUCUUUUUUUCUCUCUCUUUUUCCCCGUGAAGAUUCAAUUUAGGCGAUGACGAAAUUCCUCGCAGUAACUUCGAUUCCUUUUGGAGAGCUCUUAUAACAGUUUUCCAGGUAAGAUUGGUGAAUUGUUGCUAUUUUUCUGCAGCUCAACACGUUAGAAUAAGUAAAAUAUAAUCCUUUAUUAUUUGUUUUUGAAUAUUAUGUAAACAGAUUCUCACAGGCGAGGACUGGAACGCUGUAAUGUAUGACGGCAUCCGUGCGUGGGGUGGUAUUGGUGAAGGAGGUUCAGCGAUUGCCAUCUUGUACUUCAUAUUCCUCGUUGUCGUUGGCAACUGUAUCCUUCUAAAUUUCUAUGUUCUUUGUCCUCUUUAAUUAUUUUUUUGUAAUAAGUGGAAAGGUCAGGAGAGAGAUACUUCUUCGCACAAAGGAGUGCGUUGCUCGCCGUCUCGUGCAAUAACUUAUCACCAGGCUCUCAUUAUUAGCGCUCCGGCUCGAGCGUUUCCUCGCUCGCGAGGAAGUCUUGGAAACACCUUGAGUAAAGCGAGUCAGUGAAAGAUCUGCAAGGGAUUUGGUACUAGUAACUAUCAAGUUGUCAAAAUAUUGACGACCACUAAGAGCCUGGAAUCGGAAAAACAAUGACAUACUCCCAGACCCUUUCAACAAGGAUCCGCUCCUAGGCCCUUAUAUUGAGGGUCCGCUCUCAGGCCACUCGCUCAGGAGGUCAAGUUAUUUCUUGAAGACAGCACUCCUAUCAAUUUUUCUUUCUCCUGGUUGAGUAGUUUUGCACUAUUUUCUAUUCUUACUCUGGGGUGAAGCAAAGUUGUUGUUGUUGCUGAUUGAAAAUCUGUUUUUAGGGCAAAGCUACCCUUUUUAUGAUUUACAACGUAUCAUUUGAUUAAAAGUUUCUUCUAAGGUAGCACAAGGAAUUUAUGAGUUAACACGUGGAAUGACUCGUGGAAUUCCCUCAAGCAUUCCAUCAUUCUUGGAAGAUCUUUUUGUCCGUUUCCAUUUGCCUUGAUUUACCAUUAGUCAAGCGCAUAUUUAGUAGCCUUUUUAUCAUGAUAUGUUUUUGUGUGAAGUCUUUGACUGUUAAGGUUCAAAAUUGUUCUUCAAUACUGUUGAGGCCAUUUCUUAGACCUAACGCCUCCGCUCACCAGAAAAUAAUAACUUCAUGAGCGGUUUCGCGCGAAUAUUUCUACAAAUUUUACUUUGCCGAAAUUAAAACAUCGUUUUUGUUUUGUUAUGGCUUGCGAGAUUCCUUGACAUUUAUUAGACAUCCUUUUGAAUGUCUUCUUGGCCAUUGCUGUCGACAAUCUUGCCGACGCUGAAAACUUGACAGAAAUGGAAGAAGAGAAGAAAAAGAGGAAGGAGAAAGCGAGAGAAAAGGAAGCCUUAAAGAUGAAGGGUUCCUUGGAUUCACAAAGCAAGCUUGACGCGGAUGGUGCUGUCGUACCCAAUCACAGUUCAGCGUCACGGUCAAAUGUGUAAGAGCCAACUUCUUGUAUGCGGGGACUGGGUAGAGAAUCAACAGAGAUCACAGUAUCUGUCGAAAGUGUUGCAAGGCGACAUAACAUGUGUUGUGACCUGAUAAACAUGUGACAACUGUUUGACACCCAAAUAAUUUUUUUGCAGACGAGAAGUGUGCAACGUUUCACCAUAUCGAAAUAAAUCCUUUUCUUCUUCUUUCCUAGAACACUUGACAAGUCAACGCAAGAACUUCAUUCCACGGGAACUCUCAAUGGAAAUGGUGUUGCAAGAGUAAGUUUAACUUUCGAUGGAAAAUUGUUGGGUAUUGUGGCUCACUUCUUUGACCUAAGAUUGCAUCGCGUGACUAUACUCACGUUAUAUUGCGUGACCUUCUCUUUGAGUAAACUGUAUUACUUAGUCAUGGUCACGCAAUCUUGCGUGUGACAGAAUUUUCUCUUUCCCCCUUAGUGAUCGAUAGAAUCGAUCUACUAGUUGGUUAACGAUAGUAAACGAUCAUUCCACGUAUGGUUUGUAAAGAAAGGAACCAUUAGCAUUAAAUUGGCUUCGUUAGAUAGCGCCUACUUGUCCCAUUUAUGCCCAUCAAGUGUAAAAAAUGAAAACUUUUGCAACUACUCUAAAGAGAAAACAUUUUCAAAAUGUUUUAAUUCUAGUAUGGACAAUUUUAACGAAGAGGUCUGAUCAUAAUGGUAACGCAUUGAGUGUCACAGUCCAAAUUAGAGUCUUGUUCCACGAUAAAAAGUCUGGGUUCGGGCUUUUUUUUGGUUAGUCAUAUGUACGAACACCACGUUUGUUUCUUUCUUCCAUCUUUUGUUUUUCUCCGACCAGUCUACUCGUUCAAAACCUGACAUAGUUUUAAUUGUUUUCUUUCAUCAUUGCUAAGAGUUUAAAUGCGACUUAAGGUAUUUUAACUGGGCCAAAGUUAUAGUUGAGGGAGUCACAUGAGAACCUCCCUAUUUAACUUCUCCUCACAGACAGCAUCAAACGACGACGUCGAAGCCCAAUCUACCGAUAUUUCCGUGAUUGGAGGAUCAAAAUCUGCCGUCAAUAGUAAGUCUUGCUUCUCUUAUCGUUUUUGUUCUCGUUUCUCUCGAGCGUCAGUUGUUAUUUUAGAGCGCAUUUCGUUCAAGUGUCGUAAGAGGAAAGAGCCAAUCAGAGCGAAUGAACAUAACGCAAGGAACCAAUAAGAACUCAAAGUAAAAAGAAGUCAAUUGUCUUGAACGCGGGAAAACGCAGACGACAAAGUUGCGAGUCGCAUCUGAUUGGUUGAAAGAGAGGCGUAAGUUUAAUCGACCGAUUACAAAGCGGAUCAAAACAAAACCCACGGAAUCUCAAAUUGCUUUGGACUCUGCUUUGAAAAUUGCUCUAAAUGUCAUUAUUUUCUCUUUUUUUUUGUUUCUUUUUGGUUCAGACAACAACGGGAGUAGUAGUGCUACUUCAAGUGAGGAUAUCGACAGGGCACCAAUGCCCCCAGAGUCAUCUUUAUUCGUUUUCUCCCCAACCAACAUGUAAGUAUCAACCCUUUGAUUCCUAAGAAUGACCAGCAUCUAAUUUCUCCUCACAGUAUCACCCCUGAAUCAAACAUUAAGGUCAUGAGAAUAAAGGAAAUGAUCACCAACUGAAAAGGCUCUUGAUUGUCAAACAAAUUCUCCCUGUCAGCACCUUAAGAAAUGUGUAGAGAAUAUUAUGGAGAAUAUUCAAACUUAACUGAGGGUUAAAGGGUUAAAUUAAGUAAAGUGUGAGUAUUGUGCCUAUUUGAAAUGUAAAUAUACCUUUAUCUGGCGCAAAGAACCUCAUCAUGACUCUAAGCAAAGCAAAAUGCUUGUAGGGAGGGACGUAGGCUUGAAACGCUCCCUUGAUGUUGAGUCAAAAUGCGGAGCGUGAUGGUGCGACGCGUUUUCAACUUGAUUGAAGGAUAUCAGUUCGAGCGUUAACACCGUAAAUGGUUUGAACCCAGGAGUAAUAGCCAAUCGUGAUUUCUGAUCGUCCGGACAAAAGCUUUCCUUCAAAGAACUGUUGUCGGUGGCAAUGGCUGACGUUUCGACUUCCUGAGCGGAAGUCAUCAGAGGCCAAUAAGAAGUUGUGUCAGUCGAGUGUUUUGAACUAUUUGCUAGUAAAACGCGAUGAUGACUUUCAACUUCGACCUUUGACCAUCCACCUUUGACUUUUCACUUCUGACUUUCGACUUACGACUUUUGACCUUUGACCUUGACUAUUGACUCUCAACUUUGACAUCGACUUUGGACUAGGGACCUUGACUUUCAACUUUUAACCCCGACUUUUGAAUUAACUUUCGACUACGGCUACUUUCAUUGUGACGAUCAUCACUAACUAACACGAGAAUUGUUAUUUCUUUUUCUUGUCAGAUUCCGCGUCGUUUGCUACAAGAUCGCCACCAACACAUACUUUGUUAAUUUUAUUUUAUGCCUCAUUAUUGUGAGCAGUAUUCUGCUGGCGGCUGAGGAUCCACUCAACGCUAGCGCAAAGAGAAAUCAGGUACGGUGUCAGUAAAGCAGAUGACUUAGGAGGAUGUGAAUAAAGCGGUGCACUUGCAACCCCAAGAUCCUUGGUGUGAGUCUAAGAUCGGAUUCCCUCAUUGCCGAGUGGUUUGCCUCUUACCAGCUGAGAUUUUCAACCAUUUCUUGCUUCAUUUGAAUGAUUUGCCUGGCUUAGCCUCACUGGUAUAUGUUCUAUAAACAUUUCCUUGUGAAACCAAAAUCAUAUAUUUGAUGAACAAUGUCUCUAAAGACUCCUUUCAGGUGACCUUUGGGGAAGUGGAUAAGCUUUUGUUACUCAGGGUUCUUUUCUUUAGGAUGGGCCUCCGCUAUAAUAUUAUUUGUCUUAAUCUAGUAUUUAUUUAACUGAAAUCACCAAUAAGCUCGUCCAGUUAUAUGCAGCUUCAUUCCUACUGACGCUUUUAAAAUGUCUUUUUUUUUCUUUUCCUUGCAGGUUCUCAACUAUUUCGAUUAUUUCUUUACAUCCGUGUUCACUUUGGAGAUUCUUAUCAAGGUAAUCGUGACACAAUUUCAUUGAGAUCGCCAAAUGUCAUUUUGAUACAUUAUUUCCGCGAUGUAAAGUCGCGUAGUUUUUCACGGUUUGUCCUGAAAUAGUGUGUAAGUCCAAAUUAUCAAAGUUUCUUAAAAAUGGACCAAACGGGAGGACAUUUUUUGUGUCGAGAAUAAAAUUUUUAACCAAAGGUGGGGUUUCAUUUUUUCCUUCUUUCAGUUUGUGUCCUAUGGACUUAUCCUUCACAAGGGAUCUUUCUGCCGCAGUGCGUUCAAUCUAUUGGAUUUACUAGUCGUAUCCGUUUCUGUAAUCUCAAUAAGCCUUAAGUAAGUGUUGGUAAACAUCUUAUUUUGAUUUAGCCCUGGUCAUCAGCUUAAGAUCAUAAUGUAGUGGGAUCGCUUGAGUGCUGGUUAUCAUUAAUUGAAAGGUAGACUUUGGAGUAUAGGUUUCGAGAGUAGAAAUCACCCAUGAGGUACUUAAGUAUUAAGUAUUAAAUACGCUUACUCCGUGGGAUUGCUUUUUUUAAGCAGCGUUUUUCUAGAGAUGUAGACAGCCAUGAUCUGUGAAAUAGACGUCGAAGGGUUUGAUUGAGCAGUUGGGUGAACCAAGGGAAAUUUUUCAUUGUUAACCCGCGAACAAGACGCCUAUACAGUUAGUAAGAUGGUAUACUCACUUCUGUGUUCAAUGAUUUUCCUCAGGGACUCCCAGUUUUCUGUUGUCAGAAUUCUCAGGGUUCUCCGAGUGUUAAGACCUUUGAGGGCGAUUAACAGAGCAAAGGGACUCAAGGUACGUCUCCCGUUGACUGACUUCAACAAAUACAAUUGUCACCUUGCUGAUUGAAUCUGAUUGGUUGAGGAAGUGGCGUGAGUUUUCUGGACCAAUCGUUUAGCGUAGUAAAGCAAACUAAAUCAACCCAGACUUAUUAACGACACCCAUUUGAAAAUUACUCCAUAAGAACUAGUUAUCUGAACUAAUUCAUAUAGAAAUAUAUUGCAGCGAGACGGGAAAAUUAAAAACCAGACCUCAGAAGUUGAAAAAUGUUAAAUUGUUUUGUGUUUUGUGUGUUUUGUUUCCUGCAGCACGUGGUACAGUGUGUCUUUGUAGCCGUGAAAACGAUAGGAAACAUCAUGCUUGUUACCAUGCUGUUCCAGUUUUUAUUUGCUGUCAUCGGUGUUCAGCUAUUUAAGGUAAGAUCUUAGGGUACUACCAAACUCUGCAAAACCGAUAUUUGAAGAGGAAGCUGGAAGGUGCGGGGGAGGGGGGCCAGUAAGUAAUUUUAGUCGGGGUUGGUGAUAAAAUGUAAAACAACUUCAGGCUGGGUGCUCCUCUACAUAUUUCAAUUCCAUGCGUGAGGGGAGGGUGGGGGGGCAAUGUUUAAUCCGACGUUGGGGGUGGGUUAUGGGAAUAUCACGUAUCUACUUAUUCUGUUAGAUUUUGUUGUGAUUAUUAAUAAUUAAUUUUUUUUUCCAUUCAUUUGAAAGGGGACUUUCUUUUAUUGCACUGAUGAGAAGAUGCUAACUGCAGAGGAUUGCCAGUAAGUCCUCUAAAAAUAGUUUUAAUAGUAGAUGAGCACGAGGGACUCAUUCUUGGGCGCGAACGAUUUUUCAUUUGCCGAUCGAUGUAAUUAACUUUGCUUUAAUUUCUUUACGGGAAAUUUUUAAGUUAAUAGAGGAGCUUAAAGAAUAACUAUAGUUAUCUAGGAUAUGAUUCAGAUUCACACGAUGACUGCGUUUAAGGAUGUUUUAUAAGAAGUAGUCAGCAGCUUACAUUUUAAAUCUACGUUUUUCGAUCUCCUUUAGAGAAAUUCUCGAAAGCAUUUCAUCAAAUUAUUUUUGCAUAGGGUUAGGGUUAGUUGGUCGAUACAAACUAAUGUGAUUUAAUUUCUUUCAGGGGGACCUUUAAUGAUUUUAAUGGACCUGGAUUGACAAACCCAGAGGUUAGUUCCUAUGUGUUGAUAGAUUUUUGUAAAAGAUCCAUGAUUACCCAAUCGUGACCCGAAUGGUAAUCUCGUUAUAUACGAAAUUUGCACAAUGCCUAGCUAGUGUUCUUCGUGCGUCUUUGCACACAGGGCCUCGGCCAGAGAACACCGAUUAUCUUUUUCGGUUGCCAGUCUGUCAAGCUGUCCCCCAUUUCCAGCCUUUUUCCCUCAGUUUCCUUUCUUCAGUUGUCCUCCAAUGCACAAUUCAUACUGGAAUUUAUAUAAAUUUUUGUCACGUUUAGCCACAGAGAGUUACUAACCCUUUUAAAAUUCCCGACUUGUUUACUACUUGAAUUAAAAAAAAUGGUAAGUUUUAAGCUCGGUAAAUAUAUAGAGGAAAAUGUUGUUUCUCUUGUCACGAGCGUGGGACAAAGACAAAUUCUGGGUCUUCAUGAGGAAUUGAACCUCAGACCUUCGGAUUCCGCGCUCCGAUGCUCUCUGUGACCCUACGGGCUCCUGCAGUUUUGAUGUCUUUGAAAAAUGUACACGUUCUAAUUAACACCAAAUUGCACUCGAAAUCAUUAUUACCAAGACUAUUUGCACUGAUACUUUUUUUAAACACUACUAACACUAUUUAUACUACUAUACCAAGGCCACUUGCAUUACAGCACUGGCGUCACUUUUAAAACUAUCAGUUUCAUGUAAAACGACAUUGCUAGAUAAAAUUUUUAAUAACAACUAAUCAACUCUUGCUCGACAGGUGAAAAACAGAGAAUGGAAGAAACAUCACUUUAACUUUGACAAUGUUGGUGAAGCCAUGUUGACACUGUUCACUGUGAUGACCUUCGAAGGAUGGCCAGGGUAAGUGAGCAUGCAUAAUGCGUUAAAUCGUAGCGAAUGAUUCAAAUUGACACAUUUAAAGAGAAAAUGGGACGACGAUUGUUUAAUGCGGGUUAAGGUCUUAGUCAAGUAUCAUUUGCAUCUCACCUGAUUUUUGUCCAGUUCACAACCUUUGUACUCCUCCUCUCCUUCGCUAAUGGGGGGAGUGGAACACUUUUCAACAAACUCUCGGUUUUAGUUCAAUAGGAAUUGCAUGAAAAACAGUAUGGGGAGUAUGCAUAUUGAUGUUAGGAUGUAAAGAGAACUUUUUUCAUCGAUGUAAGACGAUUGAACAGCGUUUAGGUUUUUCCAUUUCGUUCGCUCUGACUAAGGGCUAACGCUCGAAACGUCAGCUUUGAAACUCGUUGAUAAUACUAAAUUACCCUGAUUGAACAUCGAUGUUUUCUUAGAAAAGAAAAGCAUUUAACAAACAAGAUUGAAGCAAAAAGGAGCAAGGAUAGUAAAGGUGGAAAAGGUGAACAAGGAAUCGCUCACAAAGAACUUUUCAAAGUUGGGCUUAACAGCUACAGAGCUCCUUUAAAAUACCCGGGGGGCGAUUACUCGCGCAAAACUUCAUUUUUCUGUUCUUCAAUCCGCCUAUUUAUGCCUUUAGAUUAAUCAUGGAUAUAGUGGACUCAAAAUCUGCAAUCAAUCUACUGCCUCAAAUUUGCCUAAAGUUUCCUAAAUUUUUUGUUUUCUCUUCUCGAUAGGAUUUUGGAGAAUUCCAUCGACUCCACAGAAGUCGACAAGGGUCCCAACCAGAACAAUCGGCCGUGGGUAGCCAUCUACUACAUUAUCUACAUCAUCAUCAUUGCCUUCUUUAUGGUCAACAUCUUCGUUGGCUUUGUGAUCGUCACUUUUCAGAGCGAAGGAGAAGAGGAGUUUAAAGGUUGUGAACUGGACAAGAAUCAGGUGAGAUGCAAAUAAUACGUGACUAAGACCUUAAGCCGCAAUGUAUUUUGGUGUCACGGCGACUACGCACCAAAACGAACCACUAGUAGCGAAAUGCUGAAUUACGUAAAUUGCUACGAAUAAUCAUCGGACGUCGUGGUUUUACUAAGGGUAGCAGUAUGGGAGUCGUAAUGACGCGACUUUAAAUCAUUCGUAAAAAGCAGCUUUCAAUUAAAUGUCGAAAAACCCAAACCUAAGUUAUCCCAGCCACCAGUCAUAAUAAAGGUUUACAUUAUCAUCAGCCAAUGAGAACCAAACUGAAAACAAGCAAAACGCUCGAAGCGCGGGAAAACUCGAUUGACCAAUUCACGAUUGUUUUCAGUUUUACAUCUGAUUGGCUCAGAGAGAGUGGUGCGAGUUUUCUGGACCAAUCACAGAGCAAAGUAAAGCAAAACCAGCGUUGAAAAUUGCUCUACGAGUAAUAAUUUUAUCACAGACGUUUCCCCCUGUUAUUGACCCUCUGAUCGUAAGUUUCCUCGAAUGACUGUGUGUUGUUUUUAGCCAGUCUUUGGUAAGUUGAAAGAAAUUCAACGCCCGUAAUCUCGACUAAUCGAGUGGAAUACGUUUGAAACCAUAAGCGAAUUUACCGAACGCGUUUUCCUGCGCCAAGAGCUGCAUGAAAAAGAAAAACAAAAGCCUCUUCCCUAAAAAUCAAUGAUGAAAUCCGCUUCGAAACCCAACCACGCUAUUUUGAUCACCGAGAUAUUACGUUAUGGCUUAAUUCCUUCGAUGUAACGAGCAAUGUUGUUAUUUUUUCUUUUCUCAGCGUCAGUGUAUAGAAUUUGCACUGAGAGCGAAACCGCUGAAACGUUACAUUCCUGAGAAUCGCCUUCAGUUCCAUAUAUGGCGCGUGGUUACGUCACAAGCCUUUGAAUACCUCAUCUUCGCGUUCAUUGUGUGCAACACAGUUGUUCUGAUGAUGCAGGUAUGUCCAACUUUCAUAGAAUUGCGUUACUCCUUUGGGAAGUCUCGCACAUCAUCGCCUAAGCUGUCUGAAGAGAGAGAUCCUACUUUGAAAAUAGGGGCAUUUUGUAAUAAGGGGAUUGUGGUGCGUAAGAAAUCUCCGCCUGGCCUGUGAUACGCUGUUAUUAUUAGUUUGGGCUUCAACCAAAAAUAUCCUUUUGACUGUGUCCCUCUUUCAGAAUAUCACAAGCUUUCGUUAUUUUUCUGCAUCUUGUGUUGUUUUUCGCUUUUGCGUGUUUUUUUUUCAUAGUCCAGAGUACUAAGUUUGCAGAUUUUGACCCAAAUUCCUACCCGCUCUUUGGACUGCAAAGAACAUUCAUAUGUCUUACUAGAAGUUACUUCUUUUGUGUUGCCUUGUACUAGUAUUAUCAAGAACCUAAACUUUACACAAGAGUGUUGGACGGUUUCAACAUUGGUUUUACAGCAGUUUUUCUCUUGGAGUGUAUACUGAAGCUCAUCGCGUUUAAACCAAAGGUUAGACAAACAUAUUAUGUUGUCUGUAGUCCUCAUAAGAACCCUCUUGCGAGCGUCAUGCAUUAAUGAUCGAGAUUGUUUCGUUUGAUACGUCUCGAAGAGUAGUACCCAAUGUGAAGAAGCGGUUUUUUGAUAGUUCGAAAUCAAUUGCUACGUAACGUUCUGUGUGGCGUAGGGAAGCGUAUCAUGAGAGCUUUAAGUAACCCAUCACGUAAUGUUUUCCCCUCUGCUGAGUCGUAACACUUUGCAGUCUCUAACAUAAGGGCAGGUCCUCAUUACUACCGCUUUGGCACGCACGUUUCUUCGCUCGCGGGAAAGUAUGUGGCCUUGAACCACGAGAAUAGACGAGAGGUGUGCUAGGGGUCUGGCACUAAAAAAUUAUUUGAUGAAUCACUGUUAGUGCCAGACUCCCAGCAAAACUCCCCGUCUGUUCUGCCGCCAAACAGUUGUUACGGAUAGCGAGUCUCUGUUGAAAAUUGCAUCAAUAGUAUCAGUCGUGGCUAGGAUUGAGUUCCAUUGAUCAAACGAAGGAAAAGGUCUCAACCCUCGAGGCAGAAGUUUUAAUCUGAACUUUUAUUCCUCAGUCCAAAUGUUUUACACUGACUCUUGUUUUCAUCCAGAAUUAUUUCAUGGACAGAUGGAAUCUUUUUGACUUUAUCAUUGUGGUUGGCAGUAUUAUUGAUAUCACAAUGAAUGAGGUGUCGGUAAGUACAUUCACCUAGAAAUCCGCUGGCUAGUCUUAUGAGUUAAAUAAAUGAAGUAACUUGCCUACGAGCUAAGUGAUCUAGAUCGGCACACGCAUGACAGCAAGAGGGAACCUUUCACGCGUGCGUUUCUGCCCUCUCACGCGCGCGUUUCUGCCCUCUCCCGCGCAUGGUACUCGCACUUCAAGUUAGCAACCGCUUGUUAGGCAUUUAGAUGGUUUUCUUGAUCGACCCCUCUAAAUAUGAGGUAACAUGACUGACACUAUCAGUAUUCAAAUUAAAAUUAAAGCUGCUAUUAGUUUUUACAUCCAAGACGAUUCGGUAAAUUAUAGAUUGCAAAAUACCAAGUCUCCCCAGUCUCACUCAAUUCGUUUUACCUCUCGCACAGUCCCUUCAUGCAAAACAAGAGCUUCUAUGUUUUACCUGCGCAAAAAUACUGACUAUUCCGUAGUUUAAUGAUACAUGUUCAAUAGUUUCACCAUUAAUUUUUAGUUGUUACUUAAAAGAAGCAUUGCUUGGAGGUUUGUUCUCCUCCCCUUCAAUAAAACAUGAUCAAACCAGUGCCUAUAAUACGACAUAUUUUUAACAGUUCUCCAUAAAUCCGUAAAAGAUUUACUUUAUUAGCAAGUGAAUCGGUUUAUACUUUCACUUUUUCCUUAAGCUCGUGAUAAAUGCCCACACUAGGUAUCCUAACAACUAAAUCAUUUAAAAGCAUAAAGACACUUUACUUCUUCUAGGAUGUUUUCAGAAGACAUCGAGGUAUUUCGGAGCUGGAGUUAGCAAUGGAUAGUGGCUCCGACGGGCAUAUUCAGAGAAUUGUAAGACAAUUAAAAAAACCUAACUUAACAUUUAAAACUCGUCGGGCCCAUUUAUGUGGUCUGAAGUACCCGAGACAACCAUCCCUGAGAGUUACCGUGACUGAACUUUUAUGAAAAAUUUAACUAAUUGUUACCAUGAAAAUUGCAAACUAUUCAGGGGGAGAGUGGUAUCGCCUCCACAGUUAGGGUUGCCCUAUUAGGUGGGACAACUAUUUUUUCAUAAAAACAUUUCGGCUUACCCGCCAGAAAUGAAACGGCUUAAAUUUUGACGAACAUGUAGCCUUUCUUGCCGUCACGAGAGAGACUGGUGAUCGAGGGGAAAGCUGUUGCAACUCACAACUCCAUGAAAGCGCUCCGCAAAGUUGUCUCGAGGAAGGGAGAGGUUUCUCGGAUACCCGUGACAAUGUAAAUAGCGCCUCAGUUUCAAGACCAAAACGCUGGCCGCAACUGAUUGCGAGUUAGCUAACCAUUACUUUAAAUAAAAUAUUGAUAAUUUUUUAAGCGCUGAUGAUAAACCUAUGUACCAUAUAAAGAAUGAAGAAUGAAAUACAGUCUUAAGAUUCUGAAUCUGGUUUGUCAAUAAAGUGUAAAAUUGUAGAGCGCUUAAAAUCGUACAGGAAGAAACAUUCGUUAAUGUGUAUCUGUCAAACGGAUUAAAAAGAAACUGAAGGAUGCAUAAUGGGCGGUUAACCGCACGCGAAGUGUUCUAAAUUUUUUUUUCUGACGUUCUAAUGGGUAACCAUUUCUGCGUAUAAGAAGGCUGAAGCGUGUUAAAGCGCGUGACCUGUAUCUACAGAUGAUUUUAAGUCGUUGAAUGGUUGCGCAAAACAUUCAGCAGAAGCUGUGAAAGGGUUGUGACUAAGCUUCACAGUUAAACUACUUCCAUUAUCAUCUUGUUUUAAGUAAACUUCAAGCAAUGAAUAUUGUGUACUCACGGAUUAAAAACUUUCACUUGAAGGAUCAAGCUUAAAAUUGAUAAAUGCUCAUCAAAAAAUCAACGUAAUACAUAUUCGUAAAAUGAUCCGCGCCUGGGAGAAUUGUUUUUUGACGAAGCAUGUGGCUCGUCUAUUUAUUAUUAUUAUUAUUAUUAUUAUUAUUAUUAUUAUUAUUAUUAUUAUUAUUAUUUUCUUCCUCUUCAGAGUGAGCAAAUGUUUGCUUUUGGUUUCUUCCGUUUGUUUCGAGCCCUGCGUCUCGUCAAGCUGCUCAACCAAGGAUCUGGGAUCAAGACUCUCCUCUGGACCUUUAUCAAGUCAUUUCAGGUGAGCUCUUCCGAUAAUGUCCCUUCUGUGGAAGUCGUUGUCAACUUCCCCCCUCCCCCUCCCCCUUCCCGUAUCCUUCUUAAUUCCUGACAGUUACCCACUAUAAAUUAAUUCUUAUUUUCUGUUCUUUUUUUCUAGGCUCUUCCUUAUGUGGCUCUUCUCAUUGUCAUGAUGUUCUUCAUCUAUGCUGUGAUUGGGAUGCAGGUAUGAUGGCAGUUUUCAAAGAGAAUGACUUGUGAUUGAGUGUUGAAAUAUUAAAGCUUCAUUAAACUUUUCUUUGCUCCAUUGCCGAGAUUUUUCUCCCAGUCCCUCGCGUACAAUGCCCAAAUUGCAGCCACGACCGUCUAACCUAAUAAUGCAACAAGUGUACCUCCAAAGGAGAGCAAACCUCUUUUCACGAAGUGCAAUUAAGUAAAUUUUUAAACAAUGAUGAUAGCUGCUUUAUAUCCUUUUAUUCUGUUUCAGAUGUUUGGUCGUAUUGCUAUCGACUCCGACACGGCGAUCAACAGAAACAACAACUUCCAGACGUUCCCACAGUCUCUUAUGGUACUUUUCAGGUAAAGGGAACGCUCACUGUCUCUCUUUUGUGAUUUGUGCACCGCUACAAAGCUAUCACAGGGUUCAGUGCUCACUCUACUUUACAUUUUUAUCCGUAGGUCCGCAACGGGUGAAAAUUGGCAACAGAUAAUGUUGGCGUGUACGCAUCGAGAUGACGUUAAGUGUGACGCGAAGGCCGACCCGCAGGACCCGUCGGGAUUAUGUGGCUCAGACUUUGCCUAUUUCUACUUUGUUUCUUUUUAUUCCAUCUGUUCGUUCUUGGUAAGAAUGGCUGAAAUUUUGGGAUAAAUGGAAAAAAGUGCCUGGUUUGUGAAUAAUGAUUUCUGUGGGUCUAUCCAAUUAAAGGGGUUCUGGCCUAUUUUCUCCCGGUCCUUUGUACUUACAAAGCAAAGAUUGCUUCAAAGUGGGAGAAGCGUGACGUGUAUAAUUUCCACCAUUUCCAGUAGUCAUUUCUCUCGACACUUUCUGUUUUAGUCAACUGUGUGUAGCAUAUGAGGUAAAAACAUGGAAGGGUCGUAUUCAUGAUAUGUGCUUCUUUGUGGACUGUUCUCAGCCGGUCUUUCAUUUCUACGAAAAAGCACCUGUAUGGAUAUCGGGAUUAUUAAAAGUUAUGACCCAUUCGUGUGCAGCCCCAUCACAUUUUCAUCCAUUUCACUCCGUUGUAGAUAAUCAACUUGUUCGUUGCCGUCAUCAUGGACAACUUUGACUACUUAACUCGUGAUUGGUCAAUUCUUGGGCCCCACCAUUUGGACGAGUACGUGAGGGUCUGGUCCGAGUAUGACCCAGAUGCGCAUGGUUGUGUAAAGCACGUGGAUAUAGUAACUGUUCUAAAGCGAAUCGCCCCUCCUCUGGGAUUUGGAAAGUUUUGUCCUCACAGAGAGGCUUGCAAGGUAGAUACUACUCCAAAUAGUGAAUCCAGCGUUUUUCUAUCAAUUGUUGUGAAUCCAAAACCCGAAGUAAAUCACAGUGGUUUGGAAGUUAAAACGCCAUUUUGACACCAAAUCAUGAGAACAUUUGUUCAUUUUUUUUGUACAGCGCCUGGUAACUAUGAACAUGCCGCUGACCAAAGACGGAAUGGUAGACUUCAAUGCGACACUGUUUGGACUUAUCCGAUCAUCCUUAAACAUAAAAAGACCUGAAGGUACGACAUCGAACAGUACAAUAUAUUUUUUUCACGUUUCUCAGUCGGUGCUCUUGAUAAGAAGAAUCGCAAGAAAGGACAGGGAAAGGGAGCGCGUUUACUAAGGUGAAGUUAGGUUACCCACCCCUCCCCUGACCCAACAGCAGUCAACUGUCAACAAGUUGGGGUUACUGUUGGUUAGGGGAGGGGAGGGGAGGGGGUGGGGUAGUUGCGCAGUUGCUUAGCUACUGACUUUGAUCCACAUCUAUGUUUUUCGCUAAUUACUUUGGAAAAUGAGUUUCCUUCUAUUGCAUGUAACAAGAAGUAGUCGUAUCGCAUGAGGGGCUGCGUGUUGUCGCUUCAACCAUUUUUCUUGCUCAUGUUCUGUAGGGAAAGGAUCAAUAGACAAGGCCAACGAAGAAGUCCGUAAUAUAAUUCUUCGGAUCUGGCCUAAAACGUCCAUGGAACUUUUAGAUAAAGUAGUGCAGCCUCCCGGAGUGCGUAAGUAGCAACUUUGUUUACGUCUUUAAUUGUUAGCUCACAGUCUGAUGAUCGAAGAUGUGGUCGCCUAUCUUUUCAGCAAAAACAUUUUCAAUGCAUGAAUAGCCAAUUAGAAAUAUCUUCUGUGGCAUGUGAUGGUGUGAGAAGUUUUCGUUAAACUGCAAUGUACUCCGAACAAGCAAGCCUUCUAAAGCGGGCUGAGUUACUUGAGACAUUUCGAAUGCUCUAGAGAGUUACACGAUGGUUCGCUUAAUUUUUGAAGAAAAAUUACAGUCAUCUGCAUUCCGUACAUAUAUUAAUCUUUUCCAUCCUUCACCUCCAUUCCGCAUUUCUGGCUCAUUUUUAUCAUUGCAUAAUUUGUUUACAGUGGCACGCUACUUUCAAGUAAAGGAAAGUUUUAUACUCCGUUGUCACGAAUCGCAAAUUAUGGAUCCUUAACGUUAUCUUUACCCCCACAUAGAUAAGAGGCUCAGUCUUUAACCAAUGAGAAGAGUCAUUUACUACAAAUUUUUUUCUCUGGUUGUCUGUUGUUUGCAGGUGAUGACGUCACAGUGGGUAAAUUUUAUGCCACAUACUUGAUUCAAGAGUACUUCCGUCGGUUCAAAGCGAGGCAGAAGGCACAGAAUCAAGCCAACGAACCCCAUGGAAAUAGUACAAUGGCUCUACAGGUACGAAUUUGUUGUUAUGAUUAUUUGUGGUUCUGGGACGAACCAAGUGCUUUGUAUCAUUUUCUACCUCAUGGUACCCACCCAUUCCAUUGUGACUUACACUUUCCAGGCGGGACUACGAACGCUUCACGGCCUCGGACCACAGUUGCGUCGAGCUAUUUCCGGUCCGCUUGGAAGUGACGACGAUGAGUUGUUCUUAAAGGAAGACGAUUCCCAAAAGGCGCAGGUAAUAAAACGACAAUUAAUAAUUUCGUUUUUUAACUGUAAUGAAAUCAGUUAUUCUUGUUUCCGUCAGUGACACUUUCUUUUGAUUGAUUUUUUAGCAUAAGGGGUUCUGGGAGAGUCUGAAAAAUGCAGUUUCAGUAUCGCCGCGUCACAGGUAACAUAAACAUACCAGUUAUAUUAAAUGAAAACUCACGCCAUAAAAUUGCGUAACGAUUUACAGCUGUAGCAGUCUUGUCGCUUCUCAUGUAGCGUAAGUAGGAGAAUUUGUCUUUGUUACGUUUUGAAAACCAUUUGUUAGACAAUCGCGCAAUUCUGUCGUCUGAAGAUCUCUUUGUCACUUCAUAUAGCUAAGGCUAUUUUGUAUAAUAAACUACUGUUAUUUAGAUUUAAUCCCUUUAUAAAUGACCAGGACACAGACAGUUCUAACCAAUGGUAUAAGCACCUGCAAUAUCAUUCGAAUAUGUCGUAGCGCAAAAAAGACAGCACUUUUGCAGUGUCAGCAAUAGUGUGUUUUACCUCUGAAUUUGAAUUUUUUCUUCCAGUUUUCGUCGUCCCGCAUCUUUUCGCUUGUCAGCUUUUCUGGGCAAAAAUGGAAGUGGAUUAGAGACAAAGAAAAAGAGUUCAUCAAUGUCUAACCUGAGUGAAAAAAUGGUAUGUCAAGUGAUCUAAGAAAUAAUUGUGGUACCACGUGCGGUUCGAUUCGUUAAAAAGUGGUAUUCAAUAGCGAUAAUUUUGUAUAAAACAAGUCACAAAAAGACGUUCAAUAUUUCUUUUUGCCUUUGUUGUUCAUUUGGCUUUAGCUUGUGUUUGUUUGUCUGAUCGAUUAGUUGAACAAUUGAUUCAUAUUGAGUUAUUGAUUAGUUUGUUUGAUUGAUUGAUUAAUUAAUUGAUUGAUGGGUCGAUAGAGUGAUUGAUUGGUUACCAAGCCCAUCGGCUCACUGACUGGCGGAAAUGUUGUACGAACGUAUGGACGGACCGACUGAAUAGAAUCCUAAUCUCUCUGAUGAAGGGCUCACGCUUGAAACGUCAGUUUUAGAGAGACUGCGGUGGCCAAUUUACAUUGUCAACUCAGACGAUAAAACUUAAGUAUCUUGAAAUACCCCCACCGACGCAGCAACACAGUUUCCUUAGAAACCUGCCACUUAAAAGCUUUCAGACUGACGAACUUAGUCACGGAUGGAAAGCUUAUUUCUUAGAUGUCUCAUUAUUUUGUCAUAGGCUACGACUAUGUUCAGUGAUCAAAAAUACCUCAUGCCGACUGCUGGCACAUCGGCGGAUGAUAACGCAAACGAAAAAGAGGCUGACCAACCUCGCUUUGAACUUCCUUUACGAGACCCGGAUGAUACGGGCUCUUUCACUGCCAUAAAAGGCCACGCAGGUUUGAAGGCAGCAUCAAGCCUGCCGUUAAGUCCGGUAGAGGAUGAGUCACGUGACCGAAUUCCUUAUGUAAGACAGCGGAGUAAGAGUGAGGUCAUACCACCGUGGCUAGCUACGGGAGAAGUUGCCUACUUGGGAAGUGACCUUCGGCGAAACAGGUCAGCAAGCAUCAAAGACCUUUUAGAGAGUGCGUUUGUCGACGAAGGUGUCUCCAUUACUCUGGACGAUCCACUUCUUCGAGUCGCCGAACAGGAAAUUGCUGAAGCUUUCGACGUGUCCGAAGAUGACCUGAACCAAGCCGCAGAGCGGAUGCUUGCGCAGAGUAGCGAUCAUGAGUCCCAUACGGAAGAUGAAGAAAUUAGCGAGGAGAAAAUUAUGGACACUAUUAGGAAAUCUCCUCGCGUCUCGCAUCGUUGGUCGAGCGAGCCAGACGUUCCCAUAAUUAUUACCGAUCUCUGACGCGCCGCGGAAGCCGGCAAGUUUUCAAAAACGUGUAAUUUCAUCCGUUGCCAAGAGAUGCUACAACAGCACGUGCUCUCUUUGCUGUCGUGCUAAUGGCUGGAAAUGUUACAAAUAUGCCAGUACUAUCGAGAGGGCUUCUAGGCAAAAGAUUUUAUCUGGAAACACCUACUGAAUUGUCCGCCAUUUGGACUAAGUAUGGUUACGAUGACAUUUUAAAGGAUCGACAUCAACAAAGUGUAAAAUAAUCUUAGAUACAAUUGACACAGGUAAUGGCUCUGUUUUUGAUAUGUUGAAAAUAGCGCUUGGCUCUCUUUUUUUAAUUUUACUGUCCCUUUCAUCUGUGGUAAUGGAAGGACAAAGAUUGCCGAGUCAGUGUUAGAAAGAAGAAACAAAAUAGAAUUAGUUACUUGAAAGCAUGAGGCAGGAUCCUUGUAGAAUUAAUAUGAAUAUAUUUAUUGUAAUAUUUCGCUGUAUUGGAUAUGAUAAUUGUUUUUGUGCGCAGCUUUUAACUCGCUACUUGGAAUCGAAUGCUGAAGAAUGUUUAAAAUUUCUUUGUAGAAUAGAGAAAUUUCUUUCUGCAAAUGUGCCAAGGAUUGAAAAUGAUGUGGAGCUCAAUUUUCCUUUUACGCCCGAGGGGGCAAUUUUCAAAAUAUGAUUAUAGAAGUUUAUAUGUAUACGCAAUGCAUCGAUAGUUAUCCUUUGAUUUUUUUAUCAUAAAAUUGUGUAUCAUUUUAAAUUAUCUUGAACAUUUGUGUCCACUUUUGUUAAGUUCUGAUCAUUCAAAGAAAUUUAGUUGAAACGAUUUUUGAGGAAUAGAGACAUUUCGUAGUGAAUACAAAUUUUGAAAUUAGUUGUACUAGUGGAAGUCAAGACCACCACUUACAAGAAAGAGCUUUCAAAUUAUUUUUUAUAAACGUUUGCAUCAUGAAGAACACAUACCUUGAUUGUCUUUCAAUGCUCUUUUUGUUUUUUUUUAUUUAUUCGUUUGUUUUGUGAUAGAAUUUUUAAGCUCUUAUGUUUGAAGUUCUAUCUUGUGUUUCCCGACAGAAGAUUUCCCGUAGAGAUAAUAGGAUGCGAAAAUUGAAGCUCGGUUGACAGUUUUUUUUGUCAGUAUCCUCCAUAAUUUGCUUCCAAAUUCUCCUUACUGAUAUUGAAGACUUAAUUGAAAGUCCAUUGCCGGGGAGAAUUUCAAUUUUGCACUGAAAUUAUACAUUUUUGUGGUUUGUUUCGGAUUCUUCUAAAAUAUCAAUUUCCAAACAAAUGCUGGGAAAUAUUUUCUAAAGAACCGAAAGUUUGGCUAUGUAACCCCAAGGCUGUGCAAAGUUUGAAACUAGCGAGACGAGGAAAGCUCUUAUGUCUUCCAGUCUUUUUCUUUUAAAAACCCGAUGUUUACAUUUCUGAUAAAAAGUGUAACACUUUGUGGGAAGAUAUUUUUGUAGCACUGUAUUUAAAACCAAGACGAAUCAACGGAAAAUAUAGGAUAGUUGUUAGCUUCAUUUUUUUUUUUUAAUGUACUGUAUUGUAGAAAGAUUUGUACUUGGUUGUAAAUAAAAUUUUAAUUUUAUAAAGAA